AGCAAACAAGCUUCCUCUCUCUCUCUCUCUUCCAAUUUUCUGAUUUUUUUCCUGAGAAAAAAAAAAGGAAAAAAAAGAGGGAAAAUUUUCGUUUGAGAUUUUUUUUUUGGGCUAAAGAUGAAGUUGAUGGAAGAGGAGACGGUGUUCGAAGAGGAAAAUGAAAUCAAGGCUAUGAAAGAGGAAGAAGAGGUUGGCGGUGAAGAUGAAAGUGAAGUAGAAGGCGGCGAACCCGAAGAGGAAGACGACGACGACGACGACGAGGAUGAGGAUGAUGAAGGCGAAGAUGACGACGACGACGACGACGACGACGAAGGAGAGGAGGAUGACGAUGUGCAGGUUCUUCACUCAUCCGGUCCUCCUGUCCUGAUAGCUGAUGACGAGGAGGGCGAGGAUGUUAAAGACGAUGAUGACGACGAUGAAGGCGACGGCGAUGACGAUGACGACGACGACGACGAUGACGACAGUGAUGAAGAUGAAGAGGGUGAAGAAGAGGAGGAUAUGGGAACAGAAUACCUUGUCCGGCCUGUAGUACCAGCUGAAGAUGAAGAAGACGCUAGUGAUUUUGAACCAGAAGAAAAUGGUGAAGAGGAAGAAGAAGAAGAAGAAGAUGAAGACGAUGAAGAAGGUAGUGGAAAGAUCGAAGCUCCGCCAAAGAGGAAGAGAACAGACAGAGAUGAUUCCGAUGACAACGAUGAUGACGGCGGAGACGAUGAUGAGAGACCUUCAAAGCGAUAGGGCUAAAAGAACACCACUGAAUGGCUUUUGUCAUAACAAAGGUCAAAUCUCUCUCUCCCUUUCUCUCUUUUAGAAAACCCAUUUGGCUUUCUGUUUGGUGUGUUAGAAAAAACAAAAAAAAAAAACAAAAAAAGUAGAAAGGAUAUGAUGAUGAUGGUGAUGAUGGGAUGGAUGCUACAUUUUAUUGUUCAUGUUUCAAUGUGGUAAUUAUAUUUUGGAUAUUUUGGUUAAUGUAGAAGAACAGCUUGGUUUAGAAACUCUGUAACUGUAUGAAUGUUUUAGAUUAAUCUGAUAAUUUCCCAUCUUUUUAGGAUGAAA